AUGAAUCGCCUCUUCGGCACCAAGAGUGCGGCUCCCAAGCCCACUCUAGACGGUGCAAUUUCCAAGCUCGACGACCGCGUCUCCAGCAUCGACGUCAAACUAACCGCCCUCAACUCCGAACUCUCCGCCUACCAAGCCAAACUCUCCAAAAUGCGCGACGGCCCGGGCAAAAACGCCCUCCGCCAAAAGGCCCUCAAAGUCCUCCAACGGCGUAAACAAUACGAAGCCCAGCGUGACCAACUCUCCCAGCAAUCCUGGAACAUGGAGCAAGCCGGCAUGAUGCAGGAUAACCUCAAGAACGUGAUGACCACCGUCGACGCCAUGAAAACUACGACCAAGGAGUUGAAGAAGCAGUACGGCAAGGUCGACAUCGAUAAGAUCGAGCAGAUGCAGGAUGAAAUGGCCGAUUUGAUGGAGGUGGGCAAUGAGAUUCAGGAGAGUAUCUCGCGGGCGUAUGAUUUGCCAGAGGAGGUGGAUGAGGCUGAUCUUGAUGCGGAGCUGGAGGCGUUGGGAGAGGAGUCCAUGUUUGAGGCCGAGAUGGGGGCGGAUGCGGUGCCGAGUUUCUUGCAGGAUGAGGUUGCGCCGCCGCAGUUUAUUGAUGAGCCGCCUGAGCAGGCCAAGGUUAAGGAGGCUGCUGGUGGAAUUGGGUAA